CCCUCGAGCCCUCCACCGAGUCCCUCAAUGUCCGUAGCCAGCAAGCAUUUCUCCCAUCAUGAGUUCUGAACUAAACGUUCCAGUGGAUCCUUCCACUCCUGCUUGCUGCUCUGAACCUGGCACAAAAGGCAUGGAUUAUCGGGACUGGGUCCGGCGCAGCUACCUGGAACUGGUCACAUCAAAUCACCACUCCGUUCAAGCCCUUUCCUGGAGAAAACUCUACCUGAGCCGAGCCAAACUGAAAGCUUCCAGCAGAACCUCUGCUCUGCUGUCUGGAUUUGCAAUGGUUGCCAUGGUGGAGGUACAGCUGGAGGUACAGUACAAGUACCCCCAGAUGCUGCUGAUCGCUUUCAGUGCCUGCACAACGGUGCUCGUGGCAGUUCAUCUCUUCGCCCUUCUCAUCAGCACCUGCAUUCUGCCCAACGUGGAAGCAGUGAGCAACAUCCACAACCUGAACUCCAUCAGCGAGUCCCCACAUGAGCGCAUGCAUCCCUACAUCGAGCUGGCGUGGGGCUUCUCCACUGUGCUGGGGAUCCUCCUUUUCCUCGCGGAAGUCGUGCUUCUGUGCUGGAUAAAAUUCCUGCCUGUGGGCUCCAUCCUCAAAAACGAGACCACCAACGUGGAGAAGGCCAGCAGCCACGCAGGGUGGCAGUCAGCACUGGUCUCCACCAUCAUCAUGGUCCCCGUGGGUCUGAUUUUUGUCGUCUUCACCAUUCACUUCUACCGCUCUUUGGUGCGGCACAAAACGGAGCGCCACAACCGGGAGAUCGAAGAGCUUCACAAACUGAAAGUGCAGUUAGACGGGCAUGACAGAGGCAUGCAGGUAGUGUGACUGCAAGGCAGGGGCUGCUUCCAGCGAAUCCUUCUGCUAAGGCUAAGAGCAAACUCCCUGUUUUGCUAGUUGGUGAGAUGCACCCGUGAUGGAUUGUCUUGAGGCUUAACUAUGUAAACGCUAAUCGCCUGCCAUCCAUAGCUGUGGGUUCUAGGGCUGUUUCAGAUGCUGGGGUCUCUGGCCUGCUUCUGGUCCUACACUCUUGCAUACUGAAGUCAACACUGCCAUGGAGUUCAAGGCCAAAACCUAACCUUGGCUUAGGUAGCCAAAAAAUCUGUCUUUUUUACCAAUGCAAUAUUCUGUUGCCAAAAGUAAAACUGGGUCAGCUGUCCCAAAAGCCAGUGUGUGUGUAGGACCUGUCUCGUGUCAGAGCUCCCUGGCUGUCAGAGCAGCAGCAAUUAGUCUGCAGCUCAUUUCUAGAGCUGAGCUGGUCAAUAUGAGUAUCUGCAGCUGGCAUGAGGACAUCCAGGAAAGCACAAUAGAAACUGAGUGUUGAUCACCUUUGUUCCAAAGCAAGUAUUCCAUAGAUACAUAACCAGAAAGAAAUCAGCCUUAGCUUUUAUGUUCUUGUUAUUCCUUACUCUGUUUUUACAGCUGGGGAGGUAGACUGAAUUGCAGGAGGUUGGGUAGCUCUGUCACACUUUCUUCAGUAGCAUCAAUUCAUUAGGUUGAAUGACUGCCAAGGUCAUGUGUUUUUUUCUCAGUAAGAGGCAAGAGUGCCCAGGGAAGGCUUACAGGUGGCUUAGUUUUAACAAGGACAUCCUUAGAGCAGUCACAGGGAAUUUAAUGAGCCAGAACUUUGAAGGACUAGAAAAGCAAGUUCCAAGGAGGGUAAGGAGUGACAGCACAUAGCAUGCUGUAGAAACCCAUCACUCUGUUGUCUUCAUGUAUGUAUUGUUGCAAUGUCUUUAGCCUGGGCUGCUAGAGAGAACAAGCCCCAGUCCUGGAUAUUCCAUCAGUUGUUUGGGGUUUUUUUUCGUGAGCUGUAGCAUUUGUCUGUCAAAACCAAAUGCUUCCCUUCUCCCUCCACCAAAGCAGGCAACUCCCUGUGGAACCUGGAGCUGUACUGGCUAGUGUGACGGAGCUGGAUCCGGCGGGAGAGCUGUGUGCCAUUAAAGAGCUAUCACGUUUCAUUGAUCUAACUUUGUUUUUCAGCAGCAGAGAAAACAGUGGCACAUCGGCGCUGCUUAGCAAGGGAAACCUAUAAAUGCCGUGGCACCCUUGUGGGUGAAAACUUGUGUGAAAAAUGAUGUUAUGGUUUAUGGUAACUUAAUGGAGGGAAAGGGGUGUUCUGCAGUCAUCAGCUCUUUGAAGGGAAAGUAAGGCUCAAAGAAGCCUAAGCAUGUUUUCUUGGCCCUGAUCCUGUGCUGGUUUCCUGCUCUGCACUCAGACGCUGCAGUUUCAGAGCCUCCUAGGCCUUACACGUUUCUGAAAUCAUUAAGGAUGUUUGUAGUGUUCUAUUUAACCCCGCUCCCUUAUUCCACUGGGAUUUGAGAAAUCUAAUGACAGCGUAUUACAUCAGCUUCCCAAAAUGGGGAGAGUACACUCAAAUCCCGCUGCAGCAGGGUGAGACUGUCCCUAUAUCCCCCUCUGGCGAGGGCCUUGGAAACCCAACUCUGAUCUCUCUUGUUUACAUGUGAAUUUGAGCAUUGCUGAACAAGUUGCUUAGCACUGUGUCUGUUGGCUUUCAUCUGUUGUUCUUGCCGCAGUUGGUAUGUACCACAUUGGCUGAUGUGCAGCAAAGAAGAUAGUCUUUGUGUGCUAAAUGCCUACUCUGUACUUAUGUGCAUAUGCAAAAAAUGAGGAGUGUGCUCCUGGAAGUGGGUGGCCAUGGAAUUCCUGCCAUCUCCCCAGGAGUCUGCCCUCUCUCCCUCUUCUUUUUACCAUAAUAAAAACUAAAGGUUUAUACAACAAAAA